AUGAAGACUGACAAGGAAACUAUUUAUCUAUAUGCCGGUGAGGAGCAUCCGAAAGUCAAGCUCACCUGUGAAAGGGAGUUUUCGAACAUCAAGGAUUUGAUAAAUUACUUUCACUCUCUUCAGGACACAUUCUACAUUGAAUUUGACACUUGCGAGACUAUCACAGAAAAUUUGAAAUUGAGAUGCAGCUCAUACGGUGGCGAUGAAUUUGACAGUUCAGUGCCAUUUUUUAUACUUGAGUAUGAUGAAAUGUUGAAUAACAUGUAUGUUUGGAAGUCCGAGGGACAGUGGGAAUCCAACAGAUUGAUUUCCAACCUGUUUUUGAGUAAAGGAGUAAAGAACGAGACUGUCAAAUCCAUAAGAUCUCAUCCCAAAUUCGAAACACAUGAGAGGCGAGAUAUGAUUGAUGUCGUAAUCGACAAAUUGAACGUUGACUGGUCAGCGAUUGAUCUGGGCGAGUUCUGGACUCAAUUGGAUCAAAUGGUCGAUCCCAAAAAAGAGGAUGUGUACUCAUUCAAGAGUUUCAUUGCGAUGGCCGUUCUGAAAACAAGAGUGAUCAAAAAUAGGAAGUUGCUGUCGAGAUCUUUGAUGACAUAUUAUCAGAAGAUAAAGUCGAGCGCUUACAAAGCCCAUCCAACUCUGCAGCAUGACGAGCCAAAGUACAUAACAACAGCAGACAUCGAGGACCAAGUAGCCACAAAUUACAAUAGUCAUUUCAAACUCAUGGCAGAAAACUAUGAGACGUUUGAUUUGAAAAACUGGGCGGCAUACCCAGCUCGCAGGUCAAAGAAACAGCAUAGGUCUCAAGAAAAGAACCGUAUUUCAAAAGUAAGAAGUUAG